AUGGACAAGAGAGGCGACCAAGAUAAUUUAACUUAUGGUAGCAAUCAUGUAUAUUCUGUACCUACAUUUAAGCGUAUGGGUGGAGGCUCAGUGAUUGGAUUACCACCCUUUAAACGCAUUGAUGGCUCUCAAUCAAAAUCUGGCCAAGUGACUUUAUUGGAUAAAUCAGACAGCAAAGUAAAGCAAUAUAUUGCCACAAUAGAGACUGACGCUUACAAAUCACUAAAGAAGAUUCAUAUCAAACCUAACCUUGAUUUGCCUGAUCCGUUUGCAUCCAAUAGACAUACAAUUGAAUUUGAUGAUGUUCGUAUUAAACCAGAUAAAGAUAGUUUAUGGGAUUCAAGUGAUGUAGACUAUCGUUCUAUUGAAGGUAACAAAGUCAAGCAUAUAGAAGAAAAAGAAGAAGUGGAAGAAGAGGGUGAAAGUUUUGAUGAUCAAAUGCGUCGACGCACCAUUGAAUACAAUCGAGCAUUGGACCAGAAUCCUAAGAAUGUAUCUCUUUGGCUUGAAUUUAUUCAAUUUCAAGAUGAAGCAGCCCGCGGUCUUGACCCAACGGCCAGUACGAGCCAAAAGAACCGUACUAGUUUGAAUGAAGUGAAGCUCAGUAUUUUUGAGAAAGCAUUGGACCAUAAUCCAACAAGUGAAGAACUAAUCCAUGCCUAUCUCGCCUGUGGUGCUGAAGUAUGGGAGACUAUUCGUUUACUUCGAAAAUGGGAUACAGUCCUCAAGGACCAUCCUGAUUCCAUUCGACUAUGGUCUGACUAUAUCAAUUUAAGACAAACCAAUUUUGCUAGUUUCUCAUUUACACAGUGUGUGCAUGUAUUUGAAGAUGCAUUGGCUGUGCUUGGCAAAUAUGCUCAACAAGCUCAUGGAGAACGUAAAGAAGACAUUGAAUCCAUUAUGGUCUAUAUCUUAUUAAGAGCAUGCUUGUUUGUGAAGCAAUCUGGAUAUCAAGAAAAGGCAUUUGCUAUUCUUCAAGCAGCUGUUGAAUUCAAUCUGUUUCAACCACGUAUCUUUGAAAUGACAGGAUUAGAACAAAAGAAGCGUUGGUUUACUGAAUUUUGGGAGAGUGAAGUACUUCGGUUUGGCGAGAAAGGCGCUUUGGGCUGGGCAGAGUAUUAUCGCAAGACAAACAAUGGGGAAGAUGUACCUGAAGUCACUGUAGAAAAGAAGAAUGAUGAGGAAGAAGACGAAAUAUUGACAUUGACAGAUUGGCUUCAUGCUGAACAAGCUCAAGAAAACACACAUCGAUUGCCUCUUCGUAUGAGUCAAGCAGAAGAUGAAGAUACUGACCCUUUUCGUAUUCCUUUGAUUGAAGACGUCAAGCCCUUUUUGUUUAACAUUACGACAUUUGAUGCACGCUACAGUCUGAUCUAUAGUAUUUUUGUCUUUUUGGGAUUGCCUUAUACACCACCAGAAAUAGGAACCAACACACACUUUUUCACAGACACAUUUACACACAAUGAUUUAGCAUUGCAUGAUUUCUGGCCACAAGACAAAGGCAACGCCAGGCAUUUAUUAUGGUACGUUGCAGGUGUUCCUAUGAAUCCUGAACAUACAACGGCUGCUGCCCAUCCUUAUUCUAUACCCAAUUCAUAUCCUGUGGGAAUUUCUGAAUUAUUUGCCAAAUCUGGAUCCUGGUUCAAGGCGUCUGGAAAAGAGUUUAUUCAUUGUAACGUAGAUGAACAGUUUACAAGAAAUGCAUUUGAACAGAUUCUUGCUAUUGAAAAAAAUGAACACUUGAUGAUUUGUUAUUUGGCAUUUGAAUCAAGUUGUGGACAAAAACUGGGCCGUCGGUUAGCUAAAAGUCUCCUCAAGGACAAUAGAGCCAGUCUAAAACUUUGGAAUGCAUAUGCACAAAUGGAAAAAAGCCAUGAUAGAAUAAGCGAGGUAAAGAGACGCAUCAUCCAUAUGGUAAUGACUAACAUGCUGGUUACUCCUUACUUACAUCACUCAUUAGAUGAAAAUACGCCAUCACCAACAACAACAUCCAUUUUGCGAGCAAGAGAGUAUUUUUCUCAGAGAAUAGCACAAUUAUCUACACUUUCAGAAUCAGAGGAAGAAAGACAAGCAGCAUUUUAUACUAUUGUAUGUUGUGGGUUAUUUGAAUACCUGUCAAGUGGUAUUUCAAGUGCUCAAGUUGUUUAUGAACAUGCACUUGAAUACAUCAGAGAAAGACAUGCUGAGCGAGGUUAUGCUGCUGAAAUGCUCUGGACUGAAUAUGCUACUUUACUUUACCAUCAUGCUUUGUCUCAAACACAUAAAGCAAGUGCUAUUCGUACAGCAAUGGAAAGAGCACUUGCUUUGUUUCCCAACAACACUAUGUUUUUAUCAUUUUAUGUCUGGAAUGAAUCAAAAACCAAGAUCUAUAAUCGAGUACAGCAUUUGUUAAAUGAUAAAUUAAAAAAUGCCAAUGUUAUUUUAUGGCUAUGUACAAUUUACAGUGAAUUACAUCGCCAUAAACCUUAUCAAGUGAAUUCUGUUCGCAAUCACUUUGAAAAAGCUGUUCAACAUACAAGAUCCUCCAUCUUGUUAUGGAAAUACUACAUUGAGUUUGAAAUGAAGCAAAAUGAUAUUCAACGAGCAAAGACUCUCUUUUAUCGAUCCAUUCGUGAAUGUCCUUGGUCAAAAGAACUUUAUCUAUUGGGUAUUCAAAUGUUUGAAAAGACAAUGACCGAAAAGGAAAAGAAUGAGCUCAUCAGUUUGAUGAUGGAAAAGGAGAUUCGUAUCAGAAUUGAAAUAGAAGAAGACCUGUUGUAA